AAAGUUUUUAAAAAUACACUACGUCAAUCUGAUGAAAACAUAUCAUUCUUAAUACUUCAACUCACUUUCUCCAUUCCUUUAUAUUUCUCAAAUUUCUCGUACUGUUCUGAUGGCCGAUCCUCCACCAAAUCCGUCAUCGGUUCCUCCAAAUGGUAAUCUAACCGGAACACCGUCAGCUGGAAAUGCAGCUGCAGUUGCUCCAAUGGCUCAUGAAAAAGAUCGACAGUCAAAAGAAGGAGAUGAAAUUGUCACCAAAUCAGGCAAAAAGUACAAAUUAGGUCCGGUUCUUGGCGAGGGUGGCUAUGGAACCGUAUUCCUAUCUCAAGAUGAUGAUAUCAAGAUUGCUGUGAUUGCUGUAAGUUGCUUUCCAUAUAUAAUUGUUCAGAACGAAGUUUGGUUCAAAGAGCAAAAGAAGCAUCACGUAAUACAUGUCGUACACAAUUUCUCUUCGAAACUCCUAGUCAAUACGACAAAAUAUUCACGAUCGUCGACAGUUAUGCGUUUCAAUCUGCACCUGAUUACAAGAAAAUCAACAAAUUACUUGUGGAGGCUAGAGAAGAACGCCAACUUCGUGAUCGUGAAAACUGGGAUUGGGAAGAUGAAACAAUCUCGACCACUAUCGCCACAAUCACUUCAUUCUCUGAUAAAGAACUUCGCGCCAAGGCUGACCAACAGUCAAAAGAGACGAGUACUAGUUUUGAUUUUUCUCAUUUCUUGGUCUCCUAUUUCUCUUCCAUUCCUUUGCACAUCAAUCAGCCAUCAUGAGCUUAUUGGGAUAAAUGUCUUAAUAAAGAAGAUUUAUGUUUUGCAAUAUUUUUUAAAUAUAUAA